UUCAAAUUGAAACUGGCUCAUAAUAAUAAAUUGGAAAUUUAAAAUCCUUGUUAUGUCUGAAAAUAAAAUUUUCCAGUAUGUGCAGUUUAAAUCAGUUGUUGCACCAGAUUUUUGGUACAAAUUGGCAGAAAAUAAGUUAAACAUAGAGAAAUUGGAUGAAAUUGAUCAGCAUAUAGUCGGAACUUAUACAAAUUUAAAUGCAAAAAAUUGUCUUAUAGAUUUUGAUUGCACUUCAUUCAAUAGCAAGAUAGUCACGUCAAGGAACAAAUUUGGGGCAGUUGGAGUGUUGAAAAACUUAAAUACCAUAGAGUCAUUUAAGAAUUGUGAUAAGAUUUCGUUGUUAAACACAGCAGGAAAUCAGCUCAUAACAAACAUUUUAAACGGAACUUGUCUUGAAAAUCCAAGCGAACUAGCAAGUUUUCUGUUAUUGUCCUUUGCAGAUUUAAAAAAGUACAACUUCUAUUAUUGGUUUGCAUUUCCAGCCUCGCUUGACCUAGUUAUUUAUGAAGCAUCACCAUCUCAAUUUAUAUCCGAAAAAUUUACUGAUGAAGACAUUAAAAAUUUUACUCUAAAAAUCGAUUCAUUAGAUACAAAACAGUCUGCGUUCUUUAUUGCUAAUAAAACCCUUGAUGUCAUACUUCUAAAAGACGCAAUCUCACAUGUCAAGACUGAUUCUAAUUUGCUUGAUUUUGACCUCUCCUCAAACUACUUUUGCUUUAGUGAUCCAAGUGAAAGUAAAUGUGGGUGGGUUCUUCGAAAUUACAUCUUACUUUUAUACUUACUAUGUCCAAUAUUACGAGGGCAAAGCAUUAACAUAUUAUCUGUUCGACAAAGUGAGCAGAAUAGUUUAAAAGCGAGUAAAGUAUUUUAUGUAACGCUUCCAAAAUAUAAUGACGAUUUUCAAUUUUUAACAUGGACCUCGUGGGAAAAAAAUAACAAUGGAAAAAUGAUGCCACGCAUUGCAAACAUGAGUGAAGUCAUGGAUCCAAUUAAGACUGCAGAACAUUUUGCAAUGCUUAAUCUGAAAUUAAUGAAAUGGCGCUUGCUACCAGCUCUCAAUUUAGAUAUCAUAAAGACACAAAAGUGUUUGCUUUUUGGAGCAGGAACAUUGGGAUGUGGUAUUGCAAGAAGUUUAAUGAGUUGGGGAUUCUCAAAUAUCUCUUUCAUCGAUUCAGGUCAUGUAAGCUACUCAAAUCCCGUUCGACAGUCAUUAUUUACUUAUGCCGAUGCAUAUCAAAAUAAGUUUAAAUCAAAGGCAGCAGCAGAGAGACUACUAGAGAUUUUGCCAAGUGUUAAAUCACAUGGACACGUGUUAACCAUUCCUAUGCCUGGAUAUCCAAUCAAUGAAUCAACAAGGCAAAAAACUAUUGAAGAUGUCGAUAUGAUAGUUAACAUGAUUAAGGAUAGUGAUGUCCUUUUUCUAGUUACAGACUCGAGGGAAUCUCGAUGGCUACCGACUUUAUUGGGAUCAUAUUUUGGGAAGAUUGUGAUUACAACUGCUUUAGGCUUUGAAAGUUAUUUAGUAAUGCGUCAUGGUGCAUCAAAAUCACAUGAACAAGAUGAGCUUGAAGAGGAAAUAUCUGGUUUAAAAUGCAUUCCUGGUAAUAAGCUUGGAUGCUAUUUUUGUAACGAUGUAACUUCGCCUGGAAAUUCCAUACGUGACAGAACAUUAGAUCAACAAUGUACUGUGACCAGACCAGCUGUUUCUAAUAUUGCUGCCUCAAUUUCGGUAGAACUGCUUGUAUCGCUUCUUCAGCAUGAAAAAAAUAUCUGUGCUCCAGCUUAUUAUCAAAUUAAUAAUAAAUCGACUGACGUUGUUGAAUCAAUUCCUGAAUCUAUGCUAGGCAUUAUACCUCAUUCCGUCAGAGGAUAUUUAAGUACAUUUUCCAAUAUAUUGCCUGCUACCGAAAGAUUCAAUCAAUGCAUAGCGUGUUCUGAUUUUGUUCUGAAUGAAUAUAAAGAACAUGAUAAAGAGUUUCUGUUUAAAGUAUUUAAUUCUGCUGAAUACUUGGAAAAAAUCACCAACUUGGAGGAUUUUGCAAAUAUGGAUGAUGAUAUUAUAAAUGAAUUGGACGAUGACUCCGAUUCCGGAUAAACCGACUUUAAAAUUGGUGUUUAAUAACUAUGAAUAAAAUAUGUCAAAUGAGGAGAACAAGAACUAUAAAAAUUAUUAUUUUUCAUUCAUCAGUUU